AAACAGGUCACUGCGCCCUGUGAGCGUGAAGCAGCUUGUAUGGAAGUUAUUAAUUUGUGAUGGUCUCACACGUCUGAUUUAUGCUUGUUACAUGCAGAAGCAAAGUCGCUGUAUUCAUACUUUGCGGUUCACUUGUUAGAAAACAACUUCGUCUCUGUUGGAUUCAUGAGUGUGUUAAAACAUUUAAUGGACUUGUGAAAAUAUUGGAUUUUUACUUAAAGGUGCAGUGCUAGCAGGGAGCUUCCAGUAUGGGUCUGUUUGACACCGUCAAGAAGUACAAGGGCCAGGACUACAAUGCCCUCAAGAAGGAGUGCAAGGAGAAGGGGACGCUCUUCAUCGACUCCGAGUUCCCUCCCGAUGACAGGUCUCUCUUCUACACGAAAGGGAAACUAGCAGGAGUGGCUUGGAUGCGACCAAAGCAAAUUGUGGACAACCCAAAGUUGUUUGUUGAGGGUGCCAGCUCAAACGAUGUGUCCCAGGGUCGCCUUGGCAACUGCUGGUUUGUGGCAGCCAGUUCCUGUCUGGCCCAGUAUUCAGAAAUCUGGAACAAGGUGAUCCCUGACGCCACGGGGCAGGAGUGGGAUGAUCAGAAGCCCGACAACUACCAGGGAAUCUUCCGCUUCAUGUUCUGGCGCUAUGGGGAGUGGACCGAAGUGGUCAUUGAUGACCAUCUGCCCGUGAUCAAUGGCGAACUGGUCUUUAUCCACUCACAGAGCAAGAACGAAUUCUGGAGCGCUCUGUUGGAGAAGGCGUAUGCCAAGUUCUUCGGCUGCUAUGAGUCUCUCGAUGGUGGGGACUUGAACGAGGCUCUGGAGGAUUUCACCGGUGGUGUGUCCGACACGUAUGAGAUGGAGAAGAUGGGUGUUGCUACUGAGCCAGAGAAGAGGGCAGAGUUCUUUGCCCGGAUGCAGAAGGAAAUGGACAGGAAGUCUCUGAUGGCAGCAUCAAUUCCAGCUGAAUCGGCACAAGAGAUGGAAGCCAGCACAGACAUGGGUCUGGUCAAAGGUCAUGCGUAUGGCGUGACCUGCGUGAAGAACGUUCACCUGGAGGGAUCGUCCGGGCUGUUCAGCAUGUUCAAUCGUCCCAAACUGCCGAUGGUUCGACUUCGUAACCCCUGGGGACAGUGUGAAUGGAAGGGAGCAUUCAGUGAUGGAUCCCCUGAGUGGGAGAAAAUUGACAAGAAUGAUCAGAAGAAGAUCGGCUUGACAGUUGAUGAUGACGGUGAAUUCUGGAUGACAUUCGAGGACUUCUGCAAGCACUUCAAGCAAGUCGGCAUCUGCCGUAACGUGAACACAUCCAUGUUUACCCUGACCAAGACCUGGAACGAGGGUCUGCAUCACGGGGCCUGGAAGAAGCCAAACAGGGCCGGGGGCUGCCUCAACAACAGGGACACCUUCCUCAACAACCCACAGUAUGUGUUCGACAUCUACGGGGAAGAAGAGGAGUUUAUGGUCCACUUGAGUCAGAAGAGCACUCGGACCAAGGAAGGCUCCACAAACGAAACUAUGGGCUUCACCAUAUUCAAAGUUGAGAUUAACCGACGGUACCGAAUGCAUGACUUGAGUCACCAUGAGAAGCUGGUGUCCUCCGUCUUCAGGAACAGCCGCUCAAUCUUUAUGAGGCCGACUGCCACGAAGGGCCGAUAUGUCAUCGUCCCCACUACCUUCGAGAAGGAUGUCGAGUCAAACUUCCUCAUCAGAAUCUACACAGACAGUGUCAACAACUUCAAGCACCUGGAUCAAGAUCAGCCACAGAAGAGCUGGUGGAACUGCUUGAGCAGUGAGCCAGUUAUGGUCACACACAUCAAGGUCAUCGGAGCCCAUGGUCUGGAGAAGCAGGACGCAGCUGGUGGUGCUGACCCCUACGUUAUCAUCAAGUGUGAGGGGGAGACAGUGCGGACCACCAGCUGCAAGAACACCACAGACCCCAACUGGAACCAGAGUGCUGUCUUCUACAGGAAGAAGCCGCUGGGCGCUCCCAUCAAGAUCCAGAUUUGGAACAACAAUCUCUUAAGGGACGAGUACAUGGGCAAGCAUGUGUUUAUGAGCGCUGAUGAAUGCUCCCAUGCAGCACAAGAAGUAGGCCUCGUCGGACGCAAGAAGGAGCAGGGAGCCGCCAGACCUGGCAAAGUCCGUGUGGAGAUCACGCAGAGCAAGACUCUCACCUCAAUCUAAACAUUAUCUGCUGAUAUCACACUCCUGGUGCUCACAAUAUUGUUACAUUGUUAGACUUGUGGUUACACUCACCACACUGUGGAACACUUGUUUCACAGUGUUACUGAUAGGCAGUUUACUUGUACCGUAUUUCCUCAAUUAAACAUCAGGGCAUAUAUUUCUUUCUUGCUCCUGGCAGCAUUUAAUAGCAAAGAUAAUGAUGGGGAGAAUCCUUUGCAUAUAAACUACUGGAAUUUAAUCGAGGCCUGGCAUUUACAGGACACCCUGGCAUUUAUUGGAGACCCUGGCGUUUAUUUGAGGCCUGGAAUUUUAAUUGAGGAAAUACUGUAAUAAAUUUGAAGCUUUUGCGUUUUCAUAAACAUGGCCCACUGCUAUGGCAAGGAUGAGUAUAACAGUUUAGGGCUAUUCUGGUACCUGCUUUUAAAAGAAUGAGAAUACAGUUACUUGUGUCUUCUGGAAUAAUUUACAGAGCAAUGCUUUUGACAUUUGUCAAGUGAUAAGAAACUGAAGAUGGACUCCUGAUGUGGUCCUGGAAGUGGGAUUGGUAUUUAGGUCAGCUGUCGCUGGGUAUGACCAUUUUUAGACUUUCUAUAAAUGAGCUACUGCAGGGAAGGUACCAAAAUUGUCAGUAGAGACCUUUAGUUUAUGUCUCGCUUGGAUAUGUUAGCCACAAUGUCAUCUGCAGAAGGGUUGUUUUCAUAACGGAUCAUGAACUUGUAAUUUUAUAAGGAGCAGGUUGUUAUGUGCUGAUUUGAGGACCUGUGAACCUUUACAAAACCACUGUCUUUCCAUGUGAACUUAUUCUCUUGUUAGUCUCAUCAUGUGAAUAGUUACUCAUUCUUAUUAACUUUUAAACUUUUUGAAUCAUCAGUGUGUGCUUCGUCACACUGUUUGUGUUGGAUACGAUACAUGAAAACAUGAGAGUACUUUUCAAUUUGAACAAAUGGUUUCUUGCCUCUCUACAUCUAUAUGGUAGUGUUGUCCUAGGUAGUGUACAUAAUGUAGCCACUCUGCACCCUGUAUCUUGUAAUGUGAAAUAGUGAUGUUGUAAUAGUAAAAACUCGGAUAUAUUUCCAUACACUAUGUAGGUAUUUAAAAAAACAACCAGCAUGAUAUCCUAAUAAAAUUAACCGUGUCUUAUUGCAUGGAUUCAUGUUAAUUGUUAAUUUUCCAAACACCAUUUUAUGAUAGAGUUUUAAUUCUUUAAUUACCGUCCAGAUGAUGAAUGCAUUUGAGUACCCGGUAAUUGAAUAUCCCCGAUACUAACUCAUUUAGAUUAAAUAUUGUUAAAUAAUUUUUUCAAGGUUACAAAUUAAAAAUAAAAUAAAAUAAUUUCUUUUUUACCUUCAGUCACUUUAUUUUACAGCUUUGGCACUGAACCAAAGAUUAUACGAUUAAUCCAUUGAUUAAAACAAGACCCUUUAGAAGGUGGUAGGUAGUCAUGUUCUGAGUUGUCCAAUCAGGGUCAUUGUGUAGAACCUGUUGCUCACUUUGAUUAACCAAUGGCCAGUAUUGUGUUGAACUUGUGAAAACAUUCAUAGUUUCCAUGUCUGGAGGUAUAUAAGGGCCUUACUACAGGGAGGGAUGUGUGCUACGUUCAUGGUAUAUACAUAUAGGAAUUUGUGAUGGUAUUGUAUUGCUGUGAUAGUGCUGCUUGACUGCUAGUCCUUGCUUCUUGUCUUGCCAUCACUGUAACAGCUGCAAGGAUAUAUAUGCCAUAUUAGCUACAAGGAUAUAUAUGGUAUGACAGCUACCAGGAUAUAUACAACUGUAAUGGCUACCAGGAAUAUAUGACUGUAAUACCUACCUAGAUAUUAUUGUAUAUUGCGACCAGACGGGCAACAGGAACAUCAUCAACAUCAGUAACAAGGAUGACUGUCGGACCUGAUAGUCAGCAAAAGGCUAACCAGGCGUUUUAGAAUUCAAGUCAACCCUUACCGAACUGAGAACCCUAACUUUGCUGUAGUUUAGUUCCAAUAUGUUGAAAUCAAUAAUUUUUGCACAAUUCAUCACAAGUUUAUAAACCUAUCCAUUUGGUGGAGGAAAAUAGGUCACUAUUUAGUCAACUUAAUGUCUCAUCAGUUUGAGUGAACAAAGUGUGUCCUGUUGCCUGUUGAGUUUGACACAACAUAUUAACCCUAUAUAGGCAGCGACGGUGCAGAGGGUGUGGAGAAUGUGUAUUUUUCUACCAUUGAUCAUGUGUGCUAACAAGUAGAAUCACUCUAUGUGGAUGUUAAAGGCUUCAUGUAUGCCUCAUCCCUAAUUAGAUGCCUUUUUUACGAUGUCUUCUUUAUCUUGCACUGGGAAGGUUGUAUAUUCUGUAUCUUUUCUAUUUUAUUACUUUUGUUGCCAUUUUCAUAUGUUAAUAAACAUUUUUGUAUAUUUUAUUUUACAAAUAUAUGUCACUGUUUCACUUUGUGUUUUGACAUGUAUACUUUUGUGCAUGUGUGCAUCGACUUUAGAUGCUAUGCUUCUCUGUAACUUAGAAUAUUUUCACAAUUUAUAUGACAGUACAAAUUCAAUGUUUAUCUGUCCCAUGUGAGGUUUCAUUUAUCAAUAUAGAAACUACAAACUGACUUAGAAAGCCUUCAUGUUGAUUUCAGGAAACGUUGUGUAUAUCAUAUUUAUUGAUUUUGAGACAUACAUCUUGUGGAUUUUAAAAAUAUAUUUACUUCCUUUAGAAUUUCAUGUUUCAUCUUUACAAGAUUUGUCCAACUUCUAACUGCUGAAACACAUUUUUUAAUAAAGACAAGUAUGUUUUUAGUUUUUAUAAAGUUGACCUGAUGUUCAGUUUAAACAAACAAGUGUGUAGUCCAUGAUAACCUGUUCUUCUAAGACUUAUUAAAAAUGAUAAUAGUGCAAUACAUUGCUCUCUAAUGUUACAGUGUCUCAUGUGUGUCAGGAAAUAGGGUUGUCGGGGUACCUACUUUGGGCACGAGUUAAGAAUCUCAUGAUUGUCAAUUCGCUUGUUUUAGUUGUAGAUAGUGUAGAUAUCUCAAAUAACUGUUCUGGUUCGGCACAUAGAUUCAGCCAUGUUCAUGAAGCCUCAUGCUGUGUUUAAUAAACAUUUUGUUCAUGA